AAAAAAAAAAAACUAAAUGCACCCGAGGCCGAUUGUCACUGAUGCUGCUGCUGCGUCCUCCUGCAGUCAUCAGUCGGAGCGCGCUGUCGUCAUGCACUGAUUACAAACACAUGAGAAGAAACUUUUCCACAGCCGAUGAAGAAAUACUUCAUUCUUUUCUCAAUAUGAAUCACAUUUCUCGCUGCGUCCGUGACCGUGCGCCUCGUGGCGACUUUCUCAGGGUCUUGCCACAUGUAGCGGAGUAAUGAAGAAACCAAAAACGGGGCAGGAGGUCCCUCAGUGGGCUGCAGUGGACAGACUGGGCUCAGCAGAGAGGUCACGCAGGUCAAACUGUCAGUGUCCGGGGCAUUUUAUGAUGGAUGACGUUUUUAUGGCCACAGAUGCCGUUUCUUAUUUUCUUUUUUUAUUUUUAAAUCAAUUUUCAGUCGAGUAACUUUGCUCAUAAAAGUUUUAGGAAAAAGUAGAGAAGAAAAAGAUUCAGCCCACCUUUUUUCCCCCCACUUUUCUCCUUUUAUUCCCCCACUCUUCAACACAUACACACUCACUGUCACAUGAUCUCUCCGGCCCCUCUUUGAGCAGCACACAGGCUGAAUCUGACCAAUCAGAAGAGAGAGGGAAAAAGUACAAAAAAGCGGAAUAAUAAUAUACCUCAGUGUGUCACUGCUGAAUAUCACUGGUGGGGGAGCGACCCCCCCCCACCCCCUUAAAGAGGCAGGGUCUCAGAGUGACCACAUCACUUGGGUCCAGGUCUGUCUGUGUCGGUGACACUGAUCCUGAGUCAGCGUCAGGCUGGGCUGCAGUGAUGAAACGUAACAGACAAAUUAAUGUGUGGAAAUCUACAGGCUCCGACCUGUUCCGCUGAGUCGUCCCGCUCCACCAGUGUCUCAGCUGUUGUACAUGGAAAUACUGCAGCUGCCUUGCCUACGUGACUCCGGGGACUGUUUUCGCGGCCACAUGCGGUACAUGAUGAGGUCACUGCAGGACCUCAAACAACUCCGCCGGACCUGCCCCGCAGAAGCCAGGAGCCCCCUGACCCCCAUCAGCAGCAGCCAGCUGCCAGAGCUUCCGUACCACUCUGCCGUGGCGCGAGCCUGUCAGCGCCGGGCGAUGCAGCAGGAACUGCGAACACGGCUGCGAAUGUCCAACGCCAGCACGGCCUCUACCUACGACUCUGCCUGCUGUCUGGCGAGUCCCCUGGAGGAGGAGGAGGACGAGGACGAGGAGGAGAACGAGGAGGACUCCAGCAGUCGGCUGGGUCUGAGCCUCAGACUGGGGCAGGGAUCUCGCAACAGCCGUAAAAGUCUGGAUUUUGACUCCGGCUACUCUGAGGCGUCGUGGCAGGAUGACGUGGUCGUCCUCAGACGGACCAGGAACGUGCGGGUGUCCUCCUCGGCCUGCCUCCGCACGAACAGAGCCCCCAGUGGGCGUGUCAGACCCAAGUCCACCUCCGACGCCUGUUUGGAGAGGUGGACGUCGUUUGAGGCCACGGAUCCAGAGGACUGGACGAACUCUUUACUGACCCGAGGACGGAACCGGUCACCACUAGUUCUGGGCGACAACAGUUUCGCAGACCUAAUACAGAACUGGAUGGAUUUGCCCGACUGCCCCGAGCCCCCCGCCCUGCAGCCCAGCACCAGUAGAAGUAAACUGGGCAAAGGCUUCUUCGUCAACAUGAGGAGGAAGCUGGCCGGACUGUCCAGGAGCGUGGAGGAGCGGGUGAGGCUCAGGUCCACCGACUCCGCCCCACAUGUCAACAGAACUGCUAACGCUGCCAAGCGUCUGUCCUGCCCGGUGGUGGCGUCACAGCCCAAAGUUCCUUUUUUCCACCAGUCCCACUCAGGCAUCAACCACCUGGACACCGACUUUUACCAUUUCACCGCCCUGAUGAAGUCGGGCAGUCGACAGCCAAUCAUCUGCCAGGACAUCUUUGGCUACAUCUGAACCACUGAAGUCCGGACCAGACGAACUCCACAGUCACUUUAUUGUUUAUUUUUUUUUUCACUUCCUGUACGUGAUAUUUAAACUGUUCUGAAUAAAUCCUUAUUAUUUAAAACACUCCUA